CACCUGGCGGCAGCCGCGCACCCCCCUCUCAGUGGCGUCGGAACUGCACCUGUGAGUUUGCGGAAGUCAGUUCAGACUCCAGCCCGGUCCAGCCCGGCCCGACCCGACCGCACCCGGCCCCUGCCCUCGCUCGGCGUCCCCGGCCAGCCAUGGGUCCUUGGAGCCGCAGCCUCUCGGCGCUGCUGCUGCUGCUGCAGGUCUCCUCUUGGCUCUGCCAGGAGCCGGAGCCCUGCCACCCCGGCUUUGACGCCGAGAGCUACACGUUCACGGUGCCCCGGCGCCACCUGGAGAGAGGCCGCGUCCUGGGCAGAGUGAGUUUUGAAGAUUGCACCGGUCGACAAAGGACAGCCUAUUUUUCCCUCGACACCCGAUUCAAAGUGGGCACAGAUGGUGUGAUUACAGUCAAAAGGCCUUUACAGUUUCAUAACCCACAGAUCCAUUUCUUGGUCUACGCCUGGGACUCCACCUACAGAAAGUUUUCCACCAAAGUCACGCUGAAUACAGUGGGGCACCACCAUCGCCCCCCGCCCCAUCAGGCCUCUGUUUCUGGAAUCCAAGCAGAAUUGCUCACAUUUCCCAACUCCUCUCCUGGCCUCAGAAGACAGAAGAGAGACUGGGUUAUUCCUCCCAUCAGCUGCCCAGAAAAUGAAAAAGGCCCAUUUCCUAAAAACCUGGUUCAGAUCAAAUCCAACAAAGACAAAGAAGGCAAGGUUUUCUACAGCAUCACUGGCCAAGGAGCUGACACACCCCCUGUUGGUGUCUUUAUUAUUGAAAGAGAAACAGGAUGGCUGAAGGUGACAGAGCCUCUGGAUAGAGAACACAUUGCCACAUACACUCUCUUCUCUCAUGCUGUGUCAUCCAACGGGAAUGCAGUUGAGGACCCAAUGGAGAUUGUGAUCACGGUGACCGAUCAGAAUGACAACAAGCCCGAAUUCACCCAGGAGGUCUUUAAGGGGUCUGUCAUGGAAGGUGCUCUUCCAGGGACCUCUGUGAUGGAGGUCACAGCCACAGACGCAGACGAUGAUGUGAACACUUACAAUGCCGCCAUCGCUUACACCAUCCUCAGCCAAGAUCCUGAGCUGCCUGACAAAAAUAUGUUCACCAUUAACAAGAACACAGGAGUCAUCAGUGUGGUCACCACUGGGCUGGACCGAGAGAGUUUCCCUACGUAUACCCUGGUGGUUCAAGCUGCUGACCUUCAAGGUGAUGGGUUAAGCACAACAGCAACAGCUGUGAUCACAGUCACUGACACCAACGAUAACCCUCCCAUCUUCAAUCCCACCACGUACAAGGGUCAGGUGCCUGAGAACGAGGCUAAUGUCGUAAUCACCACACUGAAAGUGACUGAUGCUGAUGCCCCCAAUACCCCAGCGUGGGAGGCUGUAUACACCAUAUUGAAUGAUAAUGAUGGACAAUUUGUCGUCACCACAAAUCCAGCGAACAACGAUGGCAUUUUGAAAACAGCAAAGGGCUUGGAUUUUGAGGCCAAGCAGCAGUACAUUCUACACGUAGCAGUGACGAAUGUGGUGCCUUUUGAGGUCUCUCUCACCACCUCCACAGCCACCGUCACCGUGGAUGUGCUGGAUGUGAAUGAAGCCCCCAUCUUUGUGCCUCCUGAAAAGAGAGUGGAAGUGUCCGAGGACUUUGGCGUGGGCCAGGAAAUCACAUCCUACACUGCCCGGGAGCCAGACACAUUUAUGGAACAGAAAAUAACGUAUCGGAUUUGGAGAGACACUGCCAACUGGCUGGAGAUUAAUCCGGACACUGGUGCCAUUUCCACUCGGGCUGAGCUGGACAGGGAGAAUUUUGAGCACGUGAAGAACAGCACGUACACAGCCCUCAUCAUAGCUACAGACAACGGUUCUCCAGUUGCUACUGGAACAGGGACACUUCUGCUGAUCCUGUCUGAUGUGAAUGACAAUGCCCCCAUACCAGAACCUCGAACUAUAUUCUUCUGUGAGAGGAAUCCAAAGCCUCAGGUCAUAAACAUCAUUGAUGCAGACCUUCCUCCCAAUACAUCUCCCUUCACAGCAGAACUAACACAUGGGGCGAGUGCCAACUGGACCAUUCAGUACAACGACCCAACCCAAGAAUCUAUCAUUUUGAAGCCAAAGGUGGCCUUAGAGGUGGGUGACUACAAAAUCAACCUCAAGCUCAUGGAUAACCAGAAUAAAGACCAAGUGACCACCUUAGAGGUCAGCGUGUGUGACUGUGAAGGGGCUGCCGGCGUCUGUAGAAAGGCACAGCCUAUCGAAGCAGGAUUGCAAAUUCCUGCCAUUCUGGGGAUUCUUGGAGGAAUUCUUGCUUUGCUAAUUCUGAUUCUGCUGCUCUUGCUGUUUCUUCGGAGGAGAGCGGUGGUCAAAGAGCCCUUACUGCCCCCAGAGGAUGACACCCGGGACAACGUUUAUUACUAUGAUGAAGAAGGAGGCGGAGAAGAGGACCAGGACUUUGACUUGAGCCAGUUGCACAGGGGCCUGGACGCUCGGCCUGAAGUGACUCGUAACGAUGUUGCACCAACCCUCAUGAGUGUCCCCCGGUACCUUCCCCGCCCUGCCAAUCCCGAUGAAAUUGGAAAUUUUAUUGAUGAAAAUCUGAAGGCGGCUGAUACUGACCCCACAGCCCCACCUUAUGAUUCUCUGCUCGUGUUUGACUAUGAAGGAAGUGGUUCCGAAGCUGCUAGUCUGAGCUCCUUGAACUCCUCAGAGUCAGACAAAGACCAGGACUAUGACUACUUGAACGAAUGGGGCAAUCGCUUCAAGAAGCUGGCCGACAUGUACGGAGGCGGCGAGGACGACUAGGGGACUUGAGAGAGGCGGGCCCUAGACUCGUGUGCUGGGAAAUGCAGAAAUCAUGUUGCUGGUAGUUUUUCAGCUCCCUUCCCUUGAGAUGAGUUCUGGGAAAAAAAGAGACUGGUCAGUGAUGCAGUUAGUAUAGCUUUAUAUUCUUUCCACUUUAUAGCUCUAAUCAGUGUGUGUUAGAAAAGUUUUGACUUACUUCUUGAAGUUUUUUUUUUUUUUUCCCAUCACUCUUUACAUGGUGGUGAUGUCCAAAAGAUAUCCAAAUUUUAAUAUUCCAGAAGAACAACUUCAGCAUCAGAAGGUUCACCCAGCACCUUGCAGAUUGUCUUAAGGAAUUUUGUCUCACUUUUAAAAAGAAGGGGAGAAGUCAGCUAUACUCUAGUUCUGUUGUUUUGUGUAUAUAAUUUUUAAAAAAAGAUUUGUGUGCUCAUGGUCAUCGCUACACUGGUGUGUACCUCUGCCUUUUUUUUUUUUUUUUUUUUUAAGACAGGGUCUCACUCUAUCGGCCAGGCUGGAGUGCAGUGGUGCAAUCACAGCUCACUGCAGCCUUGUCCUCCCAGGCUCAAGCAAUCCUUGCACCUCAGCCUCCCAAGUAGCUGGGACCACAGGCAUGCACCACUAUGCAUGACUAAUUUUUUAAAUAUUUGAGACGGGGUCUCCCUAUGUGACCCAGGCUGGUCUUAAACUCCUGGGCUCAAGUGAUCCUCCCAUCUUGGCCUCCCAGAGUAUUGGGAUUACAGGCAUGAGCCACUGCACCUGCCCAGCUCCCUAACUCCCUGCCAUUUUUUAGGAGACAGUUUCGCUCCAUCACCCAGGCCUGGGAUGCAGUGAUGUGAUCAUAGCUCACUGUAACCUCAAACUCUGGGGCUCAAGCAAUUCUCCCACCAGCCUCCUUUUUAUUUUUUUGUACAGAUGGGGUCUUGCUAUGUUGCCCAUGCGGGUCUUAAACUCCUGGCCUCAAGCAAUCCUCCUGCCUUGGUCCCCUAAAGUGCUGGGAUUGCGGGCAUGAGCUGCUGUGCCCAGCCUCCAUGUUUUAAUAUCUACUCUCACUCCUGAAUUCAGUUGCUUUUCCCAAGACAGGAGUUCUCUGAUGCAGAAAUUAUUGGGCCCUUUUAGGGUAAGAAGCUCGUGUCUUCGUCUGGCCACAUCUUGACUAGGUAUUGUCUACUCUGAAGACCUUUAAUGGCUUCCCUCUUUCAUCUCCUGAGUACGUAACUUGCAAUGGGCAUCUAUCCAGUGACUUGUUCUGAGUAAGUGUGUUCGUUAAUGUUUAUUUAGCUCUGAAGCAAGAGUGAUAUACUCCAGGACUUAGAAUAGUGCCUAAAGUGCUGCAGCCAAAGACAGAGCGAACUAUGAAAAGUGGGCUUGGAGAUGGCAGGAGAGCUUAUCAUUGAGCCUGGCAAUUUAGCAAACUGAUGCUGAGGAUGAUUGAGGUGGGUCUACCUCAUCUCUGAAAAUUCUGGAAGGAAUGGAGGAGUCUCAACAUGUGUUUCUGACACAGGAUCCGUGGUUUGUACCCAAAGCCCAGAAUCCCCAAGUGCCUGCUUUUGAUGAUGUCUACAGAAAAUGCUGGCUGAGCUGAACAUAUUUGCCCAAUUGCAGAUGUGCAUAGAAAACUGGGAAUAUUCAAAAUUCCAAAUUUUUUUCUUAGGAGCAAGAAGAAAAUGUGGCCCUAAAGGGGGUUAGUUGAAGGGUAGGGGGUAGAGAGGAUCUUGAUUUGGAUCUCUUUUUAUUUAAAUGUGAAUUUCAACUUUUGACAAUCAAAGAAAAGACUUUUGUUGAAAUAGCUUCGCUGUUUCUCAAGUGUUUUGGAGAAAAAAAUCAACCCUGCAAUCACUUUUUGGAAUUGUCUUGAUUUUUCGGCAGUUCAAGCUAUAUCGAAUAUAGUUCUGUAUAGAGAAUGUCACUGUAGUUUUGAGUGUAUACGUGUGUGGGUGCUGAUAAUUGUGUAUUUUCUUUGGGGGUGGAAAAGGAAAACAAUUCAAGCUGAGAAGAGUAUUCUCAAAGAUGCAUUUUUAUAAAUUUUAUUAAAGAAUUUUGUUAAACCAUU